UCCACUUUCCAUCCGAAAGGAAAUUAAAGGAAAUAUUAUUUGCCAGAUUCGAAAAUUUAUCAAGAAAAAAAUAUAGAAAAAGAAAUAGGAUAGGGAUGAACGAAUCAAGAUGGAAAAAUUAUCGAAUAUUAUUCACAAACGUACGAUCAAUCCUGCUCGUUUGAUUUUGCUGUGUCUAACCAUUCUUUGCUGGGGCAAAUCAACAUUUGCGGAAAAGAAGCUACAUGGAACUCCUAUGCACAAGGUGGAACUCACUCAGAAAGGAUACAUUCAGUUUCUACGCUGGGAGUUACCCGUACCAAAAUUCACCGAAUUCACCUUCUGCCUGUGGAUGGAAUCCUACGAUCUGACCCAUCCUCAUCCGAUAUUUUCGUACUCGAAGAACGAGCGAGAACGGCUUGUACGAUCGUGGAUAGCGCCGCACGGGAGGAGUGUCCACCUCGAGAUCGGGGGCAAUAAUGUAUUCGCCGCAACUGUCGACAUUCUAGAGAAUCGAUGGUACCAUUUGUGCGUGAGCUGGGAGAAUCAGGCUGGUCGUUACGGCCUUUGGAUCAAUGGUCAGCUUUGGGCUCAAGGUCGCUCUUACGAGACGAUAGAUCACACGAUCCCAAGCGGAGGAGACAUCGUGGUGGGUCAAGAGUACACCGACUUCGACGAGGGGCUCGACGACGGGAUCGAGGGAUCGAUCCUCGGCUUCAAUCUGCUCUUGGCCUCCGCUUUCGACACCCUCCUGGACACGGGCGACUACCGGCAACGAUUCGAGGAGGCCUCCCACGAUUCGAGUCAAGUGUCCCGCUCCGCCUCGAGUUACGCCACGGUUCCGCUUUUUGCCAGGAUUCCGACGAAACUGAUGCAACGCGGCAUCGAUUAUAGGAUUCCAACGAGAACGAGGGCACCGUACACGCUCCCGCCAACUUCUGAUCAACUUGGGGGACGACGACGAUACGCCGAGGACGCGACGUCUUUGCCGCUCGGAACGGGAUUGAUGAUCUUCUCUCCACGCGUGAUCCAGGGGAGGAUGGAGGUAUCCAAGUGGAAAAAGCAAUCUCUCGGGCUGCAAUUGGUGAAAUUGUCGUAUGUACGCUGCGAGAUCGGCAGGGGAAGCCCGUUCAUAGGCGGAUCGUUGAUGCUGAUCUCGUGGACCAGAACGCCCGUGCGUAUUUUCGGUGGGGCCAUUCUGAAGAACGUCAACAGCGACUGUGGCAACUUCUCGACUGUUCUCGAUUGAGGAAGAGGAGGAAGAUAGCCUCGAGGCUAUACUAAGAUAUUGUUUACGAACGCCACCAAAUCUGAUAAAAAUUUGUCUGAAUUAAUAAUACGUGUAUUUUGAAUUCGAAGGAGAAAGCGCGUUCUUUUUAUCGAUGUUAAUUAAAUUGAAUUAAAGUGAAAUUUUUUUCUAUUGGAUUGUGGAUAUACGUGUGUAUAGUUUAAAUGAUUGGACAGACAGUAUCUCCGUGGACCUUUAAUCGAAUUUCGCGAGAGAAACGUGAGAAUACGGGUCGUUACGACAUGCAUAGAAAUC